AUCGCGGCCAGUCGCCAGCAGUUCGAUGAAAUUCCUACAGUGGUUGGGAUCUUUAGUGCAUUUGGCCUUGUCUUCUCUGUCUCCCUCUUUGCUUGGAUCUGCUGCCAGCGUAAAUCUUCCAAAUCCAAUAAGACCCCUCCAUAUAAGUUUGUCCAUGUUCUGAAGGGGGUUGAUAUUUACCCUGAAAAUCUCAACAGUAAAAAGAAGUUUGGAGCAGAUGAUAAAAGUGAAACAAAGACCAAAUCAGUGAUGCCAAAGAAUUCUCUCCAUCUUGACCUGGAGAAGAGAGAUCUUAAUGGCAACUUCCCCAAAACAGCCCCGAAAACCCAGAGCUCUCCAGAUACUGGAAACUUGUCUCCAAAACACUUUACAGAAAGAAAUAAAGAUUCUGUGUCCCCUGAAAGUUUAAAAUCCACCACAUCCCUGUCAUCUGAAGAAAAACAAGACAAACUAGGAACCCUCUUUUUCUCCUUAGAGUACAACUUUGAGAAAAAAGCAUUUGUAGUGAAUAUCAAAGAAGCACGUGGGCUGCCAGCAAUGGAUGAACAGUCAAUGACUUCUGAUCCCUACAUCAAAAUGACAAUCCUGCCUGAGAAGAAGCACAAGGUGAAAACCAGAGUGCUGAGAAAAACCUUAGAUCCAGCUUUUGAUGAGACUUUCACAUUUUAUGGGAUCCCCUAUAGUCAAAUCCAAGACUUAACACUUCACUUCGUGAUCUUGAGCUUUGACAGAUUUUCCAGAGAUGAUGUCAUUGGAGAAGUUCUCAUUCCCAUCAUCAAAAGAAAUGUUAGGAAAUCAUCUGGGCGUGGAGAAUUACUGAUCUCUCUCUGUUAUCAGUCUACAACAAACACACUAACUGUGGUUGUUUUAAAAGCCAGACAUCUACCUAAAUCUGAUGUGUCAGGAUUAUCAGAUCCUUAUGUCAAAGUGAACCUGUACCAUGCUAAGAAGAGAAUUUCAAAAAAGAAAACCCAUGUGAAGAAAUGCACCCCGAAUGCUGUGUUCAAUGAAUUGUUUGUCUUUGACAUUCCUUGUGAGGGCCUUGAUGAUAUCAGCAUUGAAUUUUUGGUUUUAGAUUCAGAUAGGGGGUCAAGGAAUGAGGUCAUUGGCCGGUUAACCCUGGGAUCUUCAGCAGAAGGAACAGCUGGAGAGCACUGGAAGGAGAUUUGUGAAUAUCCUAGGAGACAAAUUGCCAAAUGGCACAUGUUGUGUGAUGGUUAGCAGCUGAGAGAGGGGUUGGAACUUAAAAAUCUAUAUACAUUUCCAUUAGCAAGGAGCAAUUUCCUUUCUUUGCUGUGUAUAAUUACAGGCUUGUAACUACAAGACUUUUCUUGGGGAUUGUGUAAAGACUGGAUUGAAUUAUCAGAAUAGAAGGUUGCUGAAUUUUCACAUUAAAUAAAGAAAUUUCUUUUUCAUUAGACUAUAACAUAAUUUGACCGGAGAUUUUUAUUCUUCUGGAGUUUACAUAGCCCUAAACUUC